AGCAGUUAUUAGUCAGCUCGUGAAGCCAGCCAGUAGGUUUGAAAAGGAUGUACAAUUUAACGUAUUUUACUACAAGACAGGUUUUAAUAUUCGGGUAAGAUAGCAAACAGGUACACCACCUUGUAGAUACAUAACUUUGCGGGUUGCUUAUGUUUUUUUCUGUUAGCUAAUUUAAUUGCGUAAUUUUACUGCUUGAUUCUGAACGACAACGUCCUUAGCUAACAGGCUAACGUUAGCUGAAGGUAUUUGGUUAGCCAGUCUUGAUUUAAUCAAAAAGGGAACUACAAAAGUAGCUUUUUAAAUUAUCCGUCAGUUUUAUGCGGGAAAUACAAUAAGGAAAGGAGUCAUCUUAGACAAUGAGAAAAACAACUGAACAAGGUGCUGGGUGGUGAGAGAACAGAAGGCAGUGCGGACGGCAUGCUGAGGCGACUACACCUGCUCCAGAAUGAGUGUCAAUGAUGGCGAAGGCGGAGCAGCUAGCAAAGAUGGGCGGGCCUACAGCCUGCAGGUUUACCCACGGCUCUCAGCAGACUGCCCACCUUGCUGUUCCCUCAAGGUGCCCAAGGAGGCCACAGCCGCCUCCGUCAUCCAGGAUGCAGCCUUGGCUCUGGGCCUAGACCCCAAGCGGCUCUACGUGCUUGCUGAGGUGAAGGAGUGUGGCGGGGAGGAGUGGGUGCUGGAGUCGGGGGACCUCCCCGUCCAGAGGGUCCUGCUGUGGCCUCGCAAGGCCCAGGAGCAGCACCCCCAGAGCGAGGGCUUCUACUUCGUCCUCCAGGAGAGGAACCGCGACGGCACCAUCCACUACGUCCACCUUCCCGCCCUCUGCAAGGAGCAGGAGGCACAGAGGUUGGCGGCCAGAGGAUUCCUCCCCCCGCGCCAGGACGACUUUGAUGACCUGUGUAACCUCCCGGUGCUCAAUGAGAGCAGCAUCCUGGAUAACCUGCGCAACCGCUUCCACAAGAAAAAGAUCUACACCUACGCCGGGUCUAUCCUCAUUGCCAUCAACCCCUUCAAGUUCCUACCCAUCUACAACCCCAAGUACGUCAAGAUGUAUGAGAACCAUCAGCUGGGGAAACUGGAGCCGCACAUCUUUGCCAUCGCGGACGUGGCCUACUAUGCCAUGCUAAGAAAGAGGGUAAACCAGUGCAUCGUUAUCUCUGGGGAGAGCGGCUCAGGGAAGACGCAGAGCACCAACUUCCUCAUCCACUGUCUGACGGCCCUCAGCCAGAAGGGCUACGCCAGUGGAGUGGAGAGGACCAUCCUGGGUGCUGGGCCUGUGCUGGAGGCGUUUGGGAAUGCCAAGACGGCCCACAACAACAACUCCAGCCGCUUUGGGAAGUUCAUCCAGGUCAACUACUUGGAGAGCGGGGUGGUGAGAGGGGCAAUCGUGGAGAAAUAUCUCCUGGAGAAGUCUCGUCUGGUCUCCAGAGAAAAGAAUGAGAGGAACUACCAUGUGUUUUACUAUCUGCUGGUGGGAGCGUCAGAGGAGGAGCGCAAGGAGUUCAAACUGCUGCAGCCUGAAGAUUACCUCUACCUCAAGCAGCAAAACUUUAAGAUCGAAGAUGAGGAAGACCUGCGUCAUGAUUUUGAGAGGCUGCAGCAGGCCAUGGAGAUGGUGGGCUUCCUGUCUGCCACUAAGAAACAGAUCUUCUCUGUGCUGUCGGCCAUCUUGUACCUGGGCAACGUGACGUACAUGAAGACGUCUACAGGCCGAGAUGAAGGACUGGACGUGGGACCACCCGAAGUCCUGGCUACCCUCUCAGACCUGCUCAAGGUGGAAGAGGAGUUGCUGGUCGAGGCACUAACUAAGAGGAAAACGGUGACAGUCAAUGACAAGCUGAUUCUGCCCUACAGCCACAGUGAGGCCAUCACUGCGAGAGACUCCAUGGCCAAGUCUCUGUACAGUGCACUGUUCAACUGGAUUGUCCUGCGCAUCAAUCAUGCACUGCUCAACAAGAAAGACAUGGAGGAAUCUGUCCCUUGUUUGUCAAUAGGGGUCCUGGACAUAUUUGGCUUUGAGGACUUUGAGACCAACAGCUUUGAGCAGUUCUGUAUCAACUAUGCAAACGAGCAGCUUCAGUAUUACUUCAACCAGCAUAUCUUCAAACUUGAGCAGGAGGAGUACCAGGCGGAGGGCAUCACCUGGCACAACAUAGACUACACAGACAACGUGGGCUGCAUCCACCUCAUCAGCAAGAAGCCCACUGGACUCCUGUACCUACUGGACGAGGAGAGCAAUUUCCCCCGUGCCACUGACGAGACCCUGCUGGCCAAGUUCAAGCAGCAGCACCAAGGGAAGAAGUACUUUGUGCCCACGCCUGUCAUGGAGCCUGCCUUCGUCAUCCGACACUUCGCUGGGAAGGUCAAGUACCAGAUCAAGGUAGGGAUGAAUGAACAUCCACCCCCAAACACAGUCACAGGUGUGCAGCGCCCCACUUCCAGGACUCCUUUGGGGGAGCUGCAGAGGUCCAACACGCCUGUAGAAAGGAUGUACCGGGACAUGCAUGCCCAGAUAAUCAGCUCCAUUAAGGACUUGCAGCUGGAUGGUGAAGACCCUCGCAAGCUGCUGCAGUCCUGGGGUCGCCUGCGGUUCCCUCGACACCUCCUUCAGAAAAACAAGAACGCGAAGCAGAAACAGAUCAUACCCAAGAGCCUGCUGGACUCUCGCUCGCUGAAGUUCAUUGUCGGUCGGACCAUCCACGACCGCUCCACCAAGUCUCUGCAUCACCUCAACAAGAAGAAGAAGACCCCCAGCAUCAGCGCUCAGUUCCAGACCUCUCUGACAAAGCUGCUGGAGAAUCUGGGCAGAGCAGAGCCCUUCUUCGUCCGCUGUAUUCGCUCCAACUCUGAGAAGAAGGAGAUGUGUCUGAAUGAGACCCUGGUGCUGCAGCAGCUGCGCUACACAGGCAUGCUGGAGACGGUUCGCAUCCGAAGGUCUGGCUAUGGAGCCAAGUACACCUUCCAGGAAUUCAUCGAGCAAUUCCGAGUGCUGCUGCCCCAAAACGCCACACCCUCCAAGCCAGAGGACAUCUCAGCCUUGUUCCAGAGGAUGAAUCUAGACCACACCACCUACCAGAUAGGCAAAACCAAGGUUUACCUGAAGGAACUAGAGCGUCAGCAGCUGCAGGACACGCUGCACAAGGACGUGAUGCGGAAGAUCAUUUUCCUGCAGCGCUGGUUCAGGGCGCGCCUGGAGAGGAGGUGGUACUUGGAGAUGAGACAGGCGGCCAUCUUGAUCCAGCGUGCAUGGCGUAGGCAACAAAAGGAGAGACGGUGUCAGGCAGCCACGCUGAUUCAGGCCGUUUGGAGGGGCUCUAGACAGAGAUCACAGUACCUCCGCAGGCAGACCAGCAUCAAGAAGAUACAGGCUCUGGCCAGAGGACACUCAGCACGGAGGAGGUGCCAUUCAAUACGGGAGGACAGGAGGAAAAAGGAGGAUGAGGAAGAGGAGGCCAGGAGGGAGGAAGCUGCAGCUAGGCUAGUGAGAGAGGCAGAGGAGGCAACCCGACUGGAAAUGGAUGCAGAGGAAGAGGCGUUCAGGAGAAAGAAAGAGGCAGAGUGGGAGGCCGCGGAGAGGAGGACGAGGGAGAAUGAAGAGGAAAGGCUGAGGCAGGCAGAAAGCGUCAAUGAGGAACCUGAGACAGAGGAGGAACCAGAGGCACUGGUGGCAGCUGAAAGGACUCUAGAUGAGAGCCGACAUUGGGACAAAGUGCCUGUCCAGGACAAGGAGGAGCAGAAGGAGGAAGUGGAAGAUGGAGAAGCUGCAGCUAGUUCACCUUCUGAGAAGGUGGAAAAGGGGAAUGCCUCUGCAGUCUCCCAGCCUGAUAAGGGCAACAGUACACAGGCUGAGGCUGGGCCCCAGCUGGAGGAGGAAAGCCAGGCUGUGGAGGAACAGGAGCAAGCCCACUCCGAGGAUCCCGAGGAGGAGGGGACCACAGAGGCAGCUGCCCCCCACUCACCAGAGAGACACAAGGGGGCUCAGGCGGCUGCGGAGGCUUCCCCCUCCACAGACCCCCAGUCGGGGCAGAAGAAGCUACGAGCUCCCCCCCUCCACAAGGUCACAGCCUCCAGGAGCCAGGAGAAGAGGGAGCUUCGGCGCCAGCGGGGCCUGGAGCACAGCCAYAGAGAGAGUAAGCGGGUCGCCUCGGCAGCCACCAAGGAGGAGCCAGCCCCUAAGGUCAUAGAUCAGGAGGCAGCCAGCCGAGCCGAGGGAAAGCCAAAAGGCCGGCCGGAGCGGACGGACAGCAAGGAGAUGGACCAGUACACCUUUGUAGCCUGGAAGAAGGAAGACAAGGGGAAGAAGGAAGCCAAAGCCACCACCCCUGCUCCUAUACGCCCCAGCACCUUACCCCUGAACCRCCCUGAGCUAAUGGCUAACAGGAACGGCCAUGAGGUCCUGGGUCCAGGCAAUCUGAUUCGCUACAGCCAACAGGACGCCAUGAAGGAGAAGGCAGAGAAAUGGAAGGAGAGGAAGAUUGAUGUACAACAACCAGAGAGUACCAGUCCUCCUGAGGCCCACAGCAAGGACAGGAUAAAAAAAUAUUCACYGAGUGUUGGAAACUCGUCAUCUUUUGAUGCUAUGUCCCCUGGAUCGACUGGUGCUACGUCAAACAGAGAGGUCAGAUCACGUUACCGUAAACGUGCCAAACACAAACGUCGGCUAGCUCGUAGACGCUCGCCUUUUAAGAAAAGUACAGAAGUGGACUAUUGGACCUGCUUCCCUUUGUCCCCUGUGGGCCCAAGCAGGCCCUUGCACUCAAAGUCCAUGGAUAAGUCUCCUACAGAGGAUGGGUCAAAGGGCAGCAUGAAGAGGAGGUCCCAUGACACAUCAGGCCACCAGGACACUGUCCAUACUCAUCCUUCCACUCCAGAGAAACCCUCAGGGUUCCUGAGGAAGAUCCUGAAGAAACGWCCCCAUAAGGAGCCUCAGACCCCUGACGAUGUAGAACUGACCAUGGCCCAGGCCCUGAUCGAACGAGGAGAAGACCCAGCUAGUGGAGGCCGGGCGGUGAGCCGGAACCCCACCAUCAAGAUCAGCCGGGCCACGCGGGUCUCAGAGCAGUGGAACGCUUCACUGGACCGGGAGAUUACCAACGCCAACGAGCUCCGACACCUGGAUGAGUUCCUGGGGAAUCAGGUGAAUGACUUCCGCUCCAGGGGGAAGCAGUUGUCGGCAACCGAGCACAUCUUCGUCACAGCCACCAUGCAGUUCAGAGAGACCAUCAAGGGAAUGUACUCUCUCCCAAAACCCCACAUUGGCUACAACGGUCUGAUGCGUGGCUACCAGAACAAGGUGAUCAGCCUGGCCGGAGACAAGCAGAAGGGUGAGGUGCAGCUGGUGGUCAACCUCUUUCAGUCUGUCCUGGACGGCUUCAUACGGGGAGAGAUCAAGAAGGAGGAGGCAGAACCAGCAAAGCCUGAUAAAACUCGGAAGAAGAGGCGCAAAAAAUACAAGAGUAUGGAGAACCCUUUGGACCAUGUGUUCAGCACGUACCAGGUUAACAUCAUGCAGUCCUGUGACCAGUGCAGCUCCUAUAUCUGGGGCAUGGAGAAAGCCUGCAUGUGUAGCUAUUGCAAGAUGGUGUGCCACAAGAAGUGCCUCUGCAAAAUUGUCACAGACUGCUCCACGUUUUGUGUCAAAAAGAGUGAUGAGGAGUCUGGAGGCCUGCACUUUGGGGUGCGAGUCUGUCACCUGACCAGCGACAAGAACACUGUUCCCAUGGUGCUGGAGAUCAUGCUGGAGCACGUGGAGAUGAACGGCCUGUACACYGAGGGGAUCUACCGCAAGUCUGGCUCUGCCAACCGCAUGAAGGAGCUCCACCAGCUAAUGGAGACUGACCCCCARGCUGUGUGCCUGGAGGACUACCCCAUCCACACAGUGACAGGGCUGGUCAAACAGUGGCUGAGGGAGCUGCCUGACCCUCUCAUGACCUUCAUUCAUUACAAUGACUUCCUUCGGGCCGUAGAACAUCCUGAAAAGCAAGAACAGCUACAUGCCAUCUACAAAGUGUUGGAACAACUCCCCACCGCAUGCUUCAACACCRUGGAAAGGCUCGUCUUCCAUCUAGUCAGAGUGUCUAAGGAGGAGUCUCAUAACCGCAUGUCUCCCAACUCCCUGGCCAUCGUGUUUGCKCCCUGCAUCCUCCGCUGUCCAGACAGCGCCGACCCACUCAUGAGCAUGAGGGACGUGGCCAAGACCACCACGUGUGUGGAGAUGCUGAUCAACGAGCAGAUCCGAAGCUACAACGAGAAGAUGGAAGAGAUUGAACAGCUGGAGUAUGCUGAGGCUCUGGCCGUCAACCAGCUCAAACUCAAGAGGCAGAACACGCUGCACUGGCAUUUGCCCCUCAGGUUUUCUGCUCCGUACAAAGGAGUGGUGGUGCAUGAGAAAGAGUGCUCUGACCUGACGGUGGUCCCUGGGAACGAUGUGCCGCUGGACUCCGAUACGGAGGCUGAGAAGAACCUGAUGGCGCGCAUCAAGUCCAUCAAACAGGAGAAGGAGGAACUAGCCUACAGACUGCCAGAGCUGGAGCAGCCUGGUUCAGACCAGGAGAACCUGGAUUCUGAGGCGUCGGUGAGCUCUGAGAGCCUGCUGGACGAGCGCUGCCUCAACUCUGAGCCCGAAGGUCUGGACAAGCUGGUGGUGGUGCAUUUAAAGAGGGUGGCAGAGGUCUGCUCUCUAGCAGGUUGGAGGCUCCCAGUUUCACAAGCAACGUUUUGUUCUKCUCUGGCUACAACGCCAUCGCCCCAUCAUCCCCGGCACGGUAAAGCUGCCGCCGGGCAUCCCCUCGCAGCCCCCCGCUGCAGGCCCUCAACCCCUCCUGCCAGCCAUGGCUUCAGCCUGAUCAAGAGGCGGAAGCAGCCCACCCGACGCAAAGACGGCACCCAGUCCCUGUACAUCAGUCCAGACAAAGACCUGUUCCCCUCUCCCAUCUCCUCCCUCUCUAGCGCCACCCCACAAAGUCUCCAGACCACCAGCAAGGCCCUCAGACGCUUCUCAGACCCCGACAUCCCCUAUAGUGACCCGGCCUGACACAGACAGGAGGCAGAAUAGAACUCGAUACAGAACUGGAUAUCUAUGGUGGGCCCCCCUCAGUCAGGAGCGGCUUGGAGGAUACAGUAUGGAGUCUGUUAUUGUCGCUGUUGCCAUGGACACGGAUCAUGGAUGUGUGUUUAUAUACUUGUGACUUAUGCCUGAUAAUAACAGGAUGUGUCACCAAGCACUUUUUCUACACUUAAUAUAUUGUUGUAGUUUUUUUAAGAGACAAAUUAAAUCAAGUUUGCGCGGCCGCAUGGACUCUAUGGACAAAUGUUUUCUUUUUUAAAUACUUAGUUUUCAUGAGGAAAAACUGCAGUUUAUUGCACAUUUUCCAUUCCAAGGUCUCCUUAUGAGAAGACCCAAACAGUUUGCUCAAUGUAAAGUCAAUAGUGCCUUGAUUUGCACAUUGUCAGUGUACAAAUUCUUUGGUAAUUUCUACUUUUAAUAUUCGAUGAGGGGGGGGGGGUGUAUCUUUGUAUGAUACUCUUGUGCUGAUUCAAAGAAAUUGUACCAACUCAAGACAUGCUCGAACGAGGACCAAAACACUUGUGAUCAAGUUAUGGUGCCUUGAACAGCCUUCUCGUUGGAAAUGGAUUAACGCCACGUUCUUCCCUCUCCCACCAUUUCCUCCCUGUAUAGGAACUGCUUUCACUUGUCAAKGGGAAAAUGGGAGCAGCACUAGCCACUUUCCUCCUGGAUGAAAACCGCUAACCCUUGUCAAGGUCUGCAUGCUAUGUCUUAUAAAUGGACCUUUUUUAGAUUCUACUUUCUGUAAUGUUUCUGCAGCUACAUACAUAUGGCUUCAGUCAACUGUACUGUACCUGCCACUAUGUCAAUCGGCGGGUCAGGAUCACUAUCGACUACAGAGGACCCCCUCUUCAAAAGUUGUUUGACAUGUAAUACUAAUGAGUGAUUCCUCAUGGAACCAGACAAAAAUACCAUGAUUUGGGGGGUUUUCARGAAAUGUAAUCUAUGGAAUAGUCCUUUGGAGGAAGGAUUGUCAUAUAUUUGACAUUUUGUAUCUUAAAGCAUAAUUGAGAAAUAAUGAAUCAAAMUUGGCAUAUGUAUGUCAUUUUGGACCUCACCUAGGCCUCCUUUUAAGGCUCCAUGAUGUUUCAUCUGUAGAUGCGAAAGCAAAGAUUGGUGUCAUAUGAAAGCUUUACCUCUUGCUCUGUAAUAUGAGUAGUAUUUUAAUUUCAAUAAAAAAAUUAAAAAAAUACAUUAAUUGAUAAAUAUUGACAAAUAUAAAUUCAAUAUUGAACAUUUAGAUUUUGAUUUGGCCUAUUUUUCAAUAUAUUGUUGAACAUAAUAUACUUCAAAGUUCAAGAGUGGGAUCUCUGCUAGUUUAAGUUAGGGCCCAUUUUUAUCCAGAGAAAUUGGCGUAGUAGGCAUUGUAGCCAAUCACAGCCCUCCUUUUACUUAUAUCAUUGCACACCCUGAAAAUCACCAGCAGGAAUCCAUUUUCACAUUCACUCUAAUGGUAAUGGUAAUGCUUACAAAUUGGAUCAUCACUCUAAAAGUAGCAGGCACCCCAGUCUGGAACUUUGAUAUGCCCGCAGAGUAUAUUAUGUUCAACAAUAUAUGUAUCGAUAGCAAUUAUUCUAAUCUAUCAUUGCAUAAUAAUCACCGCUCUAUCGGACAUAACAUCUGAAACAUCGCAUUUAAAACAAAAUUCUUGUUCGUACACAAUUCUUUUUUUUCUUUUUACAUUUGAGCUAUUGCUCUGGGUAGGAAAUAGUCAAUGCGUUAGCACAGAACGAUAGCCUAGCUCCUUCUGCAUCGCUAGAGCUAUUGCUUGAGCUAAUAGACGCUUGAGGGACCUGUAAUAUGAGUCUAAUGCAUUAUCAAAUGGCUCUUUCUAGUGUGUAGAGGAGAACCAACCCAAUCGACCAAGCCAUUAUUAACGUGUCCAAAAUGUGAACCUGAACUGAUCAUUUGGGUACCUGUUUGGGGUUAUUAGUAGGACCCCAGAGCAAAGCGUUAAAGCUUCAUAUGACACUAAUUGUUGUUUUGUAGCAUCUACAGAUUCAACAUUAUGGAGUGAGGACAAAAUGUCAGAAAUAUGCCAGUAAUACUUCCUCCAAUGGAUUACAUUUUGUGAGGGGGGGGGUGUCUGGGUUUCGUGAGGAAUCACUCUGUCCUUCUGACUGCUGUUUGAUGUUGUGUGCCUGUGUACUGAGAAUYCCAAUUGGGAAUGUCUGGGAUUGAAUGGUGUGAAUUGAAUGAUGUGAGCUGUAAUGAAUAUUAACAGGACAAUACAGRACAUGCUUGUA